AUGCCAGGCACACAGUAUUUCGAUAUAGGCGGUCCAGUUCCAGUGUGGUUCAUCACAGCAGCAUCAAGCGGCUUCGGCAAAUCUAUCGCCCUUGAGGCCUUAUCACGAGGUCACAGAGUCAUCGCCAGUGCCAGAAGCCUCUCUCGCAUUGCAGAGCUCAAAGAUGCGGGCGCCGAUAUCAUGGUCUUGGACGUCACUUCCUCGUUGAAGGAGCUCGAGAGAGUAGCGAGAGAAGCUAACGACAAAUACGGGUACAUCAACCAUCUGGUCAAUGUCGCUGGCUACGUGCUCGUAGGCGCUGUAGAAGAGACCUCCCCAGAAGAAGACCUCAAAGCUUUCACAACAAACGUUUUCGGCACCCUUAACGUCGCCAAAGCCUUCCUGCCCUAUCUGCGCGCCACGUCUGGUCAUCGCACCAUCGCAAACUUCGGGUCUGUAACGUCUUGGUAUAGUGGUGCAGGCCACGGUAUAUAUUCGGGAACCAAAUGGGCUGUAUCGGGUGUUACGGAAGGGUUGCGCGCGGAGCUAGCACCCUUGGGCAUCUUUGUCACUGUCGUUGAGCCAGGUUGGUAUCGUACUGCCAUUCUUGCAAAGGACGUGCAAGCGCAAAGUGAGAAGCGUAUCGAUGCGUAUGAGGAUGGCGAAAUUGGAGAGCUGAGGAAGGCGCUGGCGGAGACAGAUGGGAAGCAGAUAGGGGAUACGGCGAAAGCAUGUAGGGUCAUCGUCGAUGCUCUGACGAUGAGCGGAUGCGCAGAAGGAAAAGAGAUACCAAUUAGGCUUGUGUUGGGGAAAGAUGCGCAUCAAGUGAUUAGGAAGAAGUGUGAGGGUACGUUGAAACUGUUGACGGAGUGGGGGGGAGCUGCUACCGAUACGGAUUACGAUUAA